AUGAAUUUAGAGAAUCCAAAUAAAUUAAAAUGGAAAUAAUUAUACAUUAAAAAAUAUAGAGAUUUAUUAGGGAUUUCAAAGUAAUAAUGAUUAUAAAAUGAUAAUUAGUCUUAAAGUUUCAGAAGCUCAACCUAUGGAUAAUCAUAUAACUCCUAGUUAUUUAGAUCAUAUAGAUAGAGUUUCAAAAUAGAGAUCUUAAUCUAUGAAAUAUAAUGAUGAAAGUUUCUAAAGUAGAAAUAGUUCAUAUAGUGUGAAUAGAAAACUAUCUGAAAUGAAUUCAACUAAAAUAUAUUCUGCUGCUGAAAUGAAUCAAAUUAUUAAACAUGCUAAACUUUGCGGAUUGUUACAUAAUAAUAAACCACAAGUAUUUCAUUAUUGAUUUAUAAGCAUUAACCAUUAUUAGAAUAAAAUAGGAAAUAUUUUGAAGAAGUUCGAAAUUUAUAAAAGAGUUGGCAUUAUUCAAAAAUACGAUAAUAAGAAUAAAAUAUAUAAUUCAAUAGAAUUCCAAUGGAAUAACAUUAUUAAUUUAAAUUGAAUAAUAAAAGAAGAGAUCUAAAUAUAUAAAGAUUGAUUCAAGAAUAGAAAACAAUAUAUUUAUCACAUAAUACUUAAGUUAUUGAAGCUACAGUAUCUAGUGGCCAAGAUUGA